AUGAAUUUCCCUCGAACACUGCCCAUGCAAGAGAGCACAAGUGAAUCACCAGUUCUAGCUAAUCCGGAAAGGCCAAACGUAUUGCAUGAUGCGAGCUCAAAUUUGAAUCUGACAGGUUUUAACGUCAUUUUGCAACUGUUGAGAAAGUCUUUCACUUCUCUAGAGACUACAACUAUCCCCACAACAGCAACAACAACUGUCAAACCCGUCCUUGUGAAAACAGAUUUGCAAAGUAUUCUUAAAGGUUUACUUUAUCAAAAUGGAACCAGGCCCUCUUCAAAUCAGUCUACAUUAACAACAACAACAGUGGCACCGGAAAUAUCGUCUUUAACCGAUGCCGCGGUAACAAAGAAGGAAAAUUACGUCAGAGACAUCGUUGAUGGAAUUAUCAAAGUCUUACAUAAGACUACGGACACAUCGCCAUCGCCACUGACAUCUGAAACAGCCGCCUAUGUGACACCAUUACCGCUUACGCGCAAAGUACCAGAUUCAACAUUUGUAAGCGAUGCCCCUGUUACAAAGAAAGAGAGUUAUGUUAAAGUUAUUGUGGGUGGAAUUGUCAAUGUCUUACUUAAGAAAGCAGUCACGACACCACUGCCUUCAUCAAAUCAAUCAUCCAAGUAUGUAUCAUCUACGACAUUUACACGCGUGGUGCCAGAGUCAACGUUUAUAACGACAGAAGGCAGUUCUUCGAGUAGGCCUACAAGGGAAAGCCGAAAAACUACUUUUGCAGCUGCUAUUACAGUGACUAAUCAGCCCACAAAGAAACCUCCACUUAGCCAGAAUCAAGUGCUAAACAUAUUGGGCAAUCUCUUCCAAGCAUCUCCUUCAUCGACUGCAUCAGGCAUUGUGCAAAAAACAAAGGCAACAACAACAACAGCAAGAACUACAACAUCAGAGGCUGCGCUUCAGGAAAGUGUUAUCAGCAGUAUAUUAGAUAAGCUGGUGAAUGAUCCUCAGUCCACGAUGAUCAGCUCUGCCAUGUUGACGUCCGAAGAGUCAACGAUUACAUCUAUGGUCGAUGCGACAUCAUCUGGCAGCAGCACGUCAGAUUUUCGCCGCGGUGAGAGAACGGAGAAGAGCGUGUCAAGGGGAACAACUUUGUAA